CUGCUGAUCACUAUCCACUGCUGGCUCCACUGGUGCUCGUUUUCAGGAGUUUGCAGCACUGAAAUUUUUUACCAGAGUGGACUAUAAGGCAUCAGAGGUCAAUGGAUUAGUAAUAAGCGUGUAGGAUUAUUUUUUAUCAUUGGAUGUUCAUGAGGACUCUGUCCAUGUCUUCUGUCGGAUGAUGGCUCUGGGAGUCUCCGUCAUUCCACUUCUUGGCAUUAUUCUGGAAAUCAGUUGUGUUGCUGCCACUGGAUUGAGGUUCAUGCCUGAUCCACCAGUGCUGAACAUCAAUGGAAUCCACAGGAUGAACAAAUCUGACAAUUUGGAACUUACAUGCAGAGGUCGCCAGCACCUGAAAUGGUCAACUCCUCCUACAAGCACUCGCUUCUCCAGGAGCGACUGCAGUGGAUCAGGACUCUUCUGCGAAACACUGCAGAUCACCAACGCAACUGUCAAUGAAACUGGACAGUAUCAGUGCUACUACAGAGACCUCAAAGUUGAAGAUGGCAAGACUGCAGCAUCUGCAUACGUGUUUGUACAUGAUUACAAGGUGCCAUUUGUGCCAUCUGAUAAAGAAUAUGAGGUGGUCUUCAUCCGUGAAGGAGAGCGGGUGGUCAUACCGUGCAGAGGCUCAGUGGAAAAUCUCAAUGUUACGCUCCACACUAAGUAUCCAAAUAAGGAGCUUCAUCCCGAUGGGAAGGAUUCUGUAUGGGACGCCAGGACAGGUUUCACUAUUCCCAGCUAUCUGAUCAGCUACGCCGGCGUCGUGUCCUGCCAGACUCGUAUUGGGAAUGAGACGUUCAAGUCCUCUCUCUACAUUGUCGCUGUUGUUGGAUACAAGAUCUAUGGUCUUGAACUGACCCCCAAAGAAGUCAAGCUGUCUGUGGGGGAGCGACUGACGCUCAGCUGCACUGCCAGCACUGAGCUCAAUGUGGGCAUCGAGUUUAACUGGACGCACUCUGGCCAGGCCCUGACCUCGGUAAACGGUUCAAGGCUGACCCACGCGACACCCCAUAAGAAGAAGCUGUGGGCUUCUCUGGAGCUGUCCAACACGCUCAUAGUGGAGAAUGUGACGAUCGAUCACAGGGGAGAAUACACCUGCACUGCAUCCAGUGGGAAGAUGGAGAAAAGUAAGACAGCGCAUCUUACAGUUUAUGAAAAGCCUUUCAUUGAUUUGCAGGAGCCAUCCACAAAGGUUUGGGAGUUGCCAGUGGGAGAUCUGACAUUUGCCACCAUGCCUGUGAAGUACUCAGCCUAUCCUGAGCCCACCAUUAGAUGGUUAAAAAAUGGCCUUCCACUCCUGAAGGAUUACUACAGAGUCAAAGGGAAAAAUGAUUCUCUCACCAUCCGCGGACUUGUAGAAACGGAUGCAGGAAAUUAUACAAUGGUCCUGACCAAUAGGAUCACUAGAGAGGAGCAGAGACAUACCAUACAGCUGCUGGUUAAUGUUCCUCCUCAUAUCAUUGAGAAGGAGGUGGCACCGGACACUGAUGUAUACCCGUAUGGCAGCAGCCCCAUCCUGAGGUGCACCGUCCGUGGAAUUCCCAUACCAACAAAUAUAGAGUGGCAGUGGAUGUCCAAAGAGGAUUGUCCGACAGCCUUCCAGUCAGGUCUGAUGAAGUCUGAGGCUCAGCUAGAAGGCUGUACAGAUUGGAGAAAUAUCACUAAUGGCACCGGUCCAAACACUGUAGAACGGAUUUUCACGGACAUCGAUCAUUCCCAAAAGAAAAUUAUGAGCUCUUUGAAGAUUCAGAAAGCCAAGGCCCAGGUCCUCUACAGGUGCACGGCUCACAACAAAGUGUCAGAGGAUUCACGCGUCAUCUUUUUCCAUGUGACACGUGGCCUCGAGCUGAGUGUGUCUCCAUCCAAUGAGCCUUUGGAGGAGGACCAUGUGGUCCUGCGGUGUAAGGCGGACAACCUGAUCUAUGGCAACCUUGCGUGGUUCCGUGUGUUGAAAUCGGAUCACAUCGCAUCAGUGCUGCCCUGUCGCUCCUUGACACUGCAGCGGAGGCCCCUGCAGCAAGCCGUGCUCUCCACUGUGCAGGGUACUAACGUGACCCUGGAGCUGCCACUGCCCAAUGUGUCCCGCCAGGAUGAGGGUCUGUAUGCCUGUCAGGUGGAAAACAUCAAGACUAGGGAGAGAACCUGUCUGAUACGCCGUCUUUCUCUCAGAGGUCUCGAGGCUGCGAGGAUCCUUAACAAUAUAACCGACCAAAAAGUUAACGUGAGUGCAACGAUGACUCUCCACUGUGAUGCUGCUGGGACACCAAACCCAACGGUGGUGUGGACCAAAAACAACCACACUGUGGUAGAGGGCUCAGGUGUGAUUCUGAGCCAAGAAAACCGUGUUUUGAUGAUUCAGCGAGUGAAGAAGGAGGACGGUGGUCUGUACACCUGCACUGCAUGUAACAGCCGUGGUUGUGACACCUCACAGGCCUUUUUGACUACUGAAGGUGCAGAAGAAAAGACCAAUGUGGAGCUGAUUGUUCCUAUUGGGUCAGUGGUCAUCGCCAUGUUUUUCUGGCUACUGAUCGUCUUUGUCAUCCGUGGAAGAAAGAGACCAAAUGGUGGAGAUCUGAAGACGGGCUACCUGUCCAUGAUCCUGGACUCAGAGGACAUGCCCAUGGACGAGCAGUGUGAAAGGCUCACCUAUGAUGCCAAUAAAUGGGAGUUCCCUCGGGACAGACUAAAGCUAGGUGAACCUCUGGGACGUGGAGCGUUUGGUCAGGUUGUAGAGGCGGCCGCCUUCGGCAUCGAGAAAGCCACCACAUGCACCACUGUUGCGGUCAAGAUGCUUAAGGAGGGAGCCACAUCAAGUGAGUACCGUGCCUUGAUGUCAGAGCUGAAAAUCCUCAUCCAUAUUGGACAUCAUCUCAAUGUUGUUAACCUGCUGGGAGCCUGUACGAAGCCUGGAGGGCCACUGAUGGUGAUUGUGGAGUACUGUAAACAUGGAAACCUCUCCAGCUACCUAAAAAGCAAGCGUGGAGAGUACAGCCCCUACAAGAGGAAGCGAGUGGAUAGCCAAAAGUGGGCAUCUGGCGAGGAGGAUGUGACUGAAGGGGAUUUGGGUCUGGGGAAAAUUGCCCAGUUGGACAUCUGCACAGGAACGGCUGUCUGCUCCAGAGCUGGAGACAAGGCUUCGGGCAGCAGUGUCGACACUCAGGAAGAGAGCUCAGACCAAGACCAUCUGACCAUGGAGGACCUGAUCUGCUACAGCUUCCAGGUGGCCAAAGGCAUGGAGUUUCUGUCCUCCCGCAAGUGUAUCCACAGGGAUCUAGCAGCCAGGAACAUCCUGCUUUCAGAGAACAAUGUGGUGAAGAUUUGCGACUUUGGCCUUGCUAGAGAUGUCUACAAAGACCCUGACUAUGUCCGCAAGGGAGAUGCUCGUCUGCCUCUGAAGUGGAUGGCUCCUGAGACCAUCUUCGACCGGGUGUACACUACACAAAGUGAUGUUUGGUCCUUCGGGGUCCUCCUCUGGGAGAUCUUUUCUUUGGGGGCUUCUCCCUACCCGGGCGUUUGCAUCGAUGAGUCUUUCUGCAGGAGGCUUAAGGAAGGCACCAGGAUGAGACCUCCAGAGUACGCCACCAAUGAGAUAUACCAGACCAUGUUGGACUGUUGGCUGGAUCGUCCCACAGACAGGCCGACAUUUGCUGAACUGGUUGAACAUUUGGGCAACUUGCUACAAGCCAGUGCUCAACAGGAUGGGAAGGACUACAUUCCCCUGACCCCAAGCAGUGAAACAGAAGGACCUCCAGUGAGCCCUGACUCCAGGAUCCCCUACAACAGGCCCCAGAGUGGAGAACUCCUAGAAGCUCAGCUUCACUAUGACAACGCACCGUCUCUCGGUGUGUCCCAACAGAGUGAAAGGUGCAGCAGGCCCCUCAGUGUGAAGACAUUUGAGGACAUCCCUGUGGAGCACAGUAGUGUCAUGGAGGGUCACACAGACAGUGGAGUGUGCUUUUCACCAGAGGAGGUGAAGGGUUUGAAUCAGCUGCCAACUACACCCAACUUUAGCCAGCUACUGCGCUGUAAGAGCAAAGAGUCUCUGGCCUCGGAAUCGUCCAAUCAGACAAGCGGAUACCAGUCAGGGUACCACUCUGAUGACACAGACACUCCGAUCUACGCUAACGAGGAAAUGAUCAUGAAGCACAACAUGCUGAAGAAGCCUCCGCUGCCUAAGACGCCUGAAAAGUUCAACGUGGAGAUCCGUUAUAGUACGCCACCUGUCUGACCCCUGAUAAUGUCCCACUGACCCUUAACCCAGAGUCUUUUCACUGUACAGUAUUUGUUUACCUACCACAGGUGUCACAGUUUAGGAACAAUUGCAAUAGAGCUCUGUUCACUGUGAUGUUAAGAUAUUUUUUAACUUAAUAAAUCAGCUGGGAAAACAUGAAGGUGGUAUGAUAAGUGUAUAAGUUUCAGCCGGAGGAAUGCUAUCAUGUUUACACAGCAUGUGAAGGUCUGUGGAGCCGAGACAUGAGAGAAUGCCUACUUCCUGAGACCCGAAGCCACCCGCUUCCUCUAUUGCAGGAAAUGGCAUCUGGAAUUUUUAGAUAAAUUGAAUCAGCAAAUGUUUUCUUUCUGUCUUUCUUUCUUUUUUAUUCCCUCUCUCUGUUUUAUAUUGUGUUGGCACACUGAAAGCCCAGCAAGGUUUAGUUCUCUCUGAUCACUGAGAACAAUGUUUUCUGAGUCACAUUUGUACAGUUCUUUCAUUCAUAUGACUUACAGUAUUUUAUUAAAAAUGUAUUGUAUUGGCUAAACCUGCAAUAAAUGUAAGUAGUUUUAUAAAAUAAACAUACUCACAGAUGAA